AUUCUCGCUCAGUGCUGUUCUAACCUGCUCAGAGUGAGGACGUGCGCCGCUCCGCUCCUUUACUCGCUCACUCCUGGAAAUCGAAAGGAAAUGUGUGGCUAAGGUGGCCUCCUGUGGUGCCUAGACGUCGUGUGUUCGGAUUCGGAUACCUGAAGUGACUAUUCUUGAGUGUUGGUCGGGAGCGAUGAGUCGGUGUAGUAGAACAGUGAGCCGGGUAGGCAGCAGUAAGUUGUCGCGCGCCCUGCCCCUCCUGCACCGCCUGCACUAGUGGUGCCUCGCACUAACGACACGCCACACACGUAUGCUCAACACUGCCAGGACUAUAGUGAUAAAAUACAGCUCGACCAUGUGGCGGUUAUAGGGUCAAAGGUCACUGAGCAAGCCGUUUGCGAUGACCUUCAACAGUGUGCGUCGCCAGGCGGGCCGGACUGUGUGAGGCUCCCAUGAGGUUGUGUGGCGUCGGCUGGGCGUCUCUAGCGAGCUAGGUGGGCGUGGCCUCAUGCUGCCUCACUUCCCCGCCCUCCUGCUCCUCCUCGUUUCCUCCGGAGGGUCGGACUUUUCCCCAUCCCCUCCUCCCCCCUGGAAGGCUCCCUCAACGAGCCAUCCGUCCCCGAAGCAGCCCCCCGCCGGGCGUCCGGAGCCUGGCCGCGGCCCUGACACUCUCACCCCCUCGCCACCGGAAAUUAAAGUCAGACACGAAGUUCUUUUAGAUGUGGCUGGCCACCUCCUACGUCCCUCCGGCGGCCACCAUGAAGACUCACCCGCCAGUCGCCCUGGGGUGCCGCGUGGGAGCCACGGGGGCCUGGCGGGACAGGGGUCCUUCAUCCUUCAGCUCGACAGGAUGGUCUCCCUACCUGCCUCGGCGCUCUCAUCCGGCAAGCUAAAUACACCUUCCCUUCCCGCGUCCCCACGCCCAUUGGAAAGCUCCAGCCCCGGUGGAGGAGUCAACACCUGGGUAAUAAGUGCGGUUUCAGGGAAGCAGCAGCCUGGCCAGGAUAAUCACCACCUCACUCAACAGAAACCCUCGCCAAGCAUCGCGGUAGGCUACCUACACCACGAUGACCACACUAACGCUAACCAGCUAAUCUCCCACACGUGGAGGAGCGCCAGUCUGCCCCAUCCCCUCACUGAGCCAGGCCACCACGACUCCCUCGCACCUCACGUGAACCUGCGUCACAAUAACUUUCUUUCCUCGUCUUCAAGGGACUCCAAUCAUCCGUCAAGCCUUACUAGACCCUCGGGGAAGCACUCCCUGAUUGAAACAAAGCUAAGCACUCUCACUGGCAGCAGUAGUGAAGCGAAACUGGGUCACUCCGCCACCGCGGCAUCGACUCGUCCACAGAAGGUUAGCCAAGACGAUGACUCUCUGGCCGCUGACGCUGACACCUCCAGAGGGACAGCUGACGUCCACACACGAGACACCCGCACAGGGGAUGAUCACACAGCGCCAGGCCAUACAUCAAAGGCCACUGUACAAACCACACACGCAGUUCACUUGAAGCACGAAACGUGGAGAGAUGAUAGGGAAGAAGGAGAAGACAUCGACUUUCCCGAGGGCUCCCCUAUCAUCCUCCACACAAAGCCUCCACUCUCCACUGAAUUGCCGCAACACAAUACACACGCACUGAGUCUCCCGAUGAGUAAUGAGACUGAUAGCACGUUAAUGACAAAAAAGAACUCUUUAAACUACAUUCCCCGCAGUGGAAGAAAUUCCGAAGUGUACGUAGCGGACGCGUUACUUAGCAAGACGUGGAGGAGAGGAAGCGAGGAUCUGGCACAAGAAGCACCACCAACAGCAUUACCAGCAGCUCUUGCCGCGGAAGACGGACAGAAAAAGGCCAAGAACUCAUUAUUUAGGGUCGGCAGGGCAGACAGAGGAGUCGGCAGGGAGGGAGGCAGACCCGGGGUUCUUUUCCACCAGCGUGAGAAACGAGAGGCAGAAGGGACGCGGAAAAAUGAGUUUGUGGUAGUUGACGCUGGAGCCAAUGAAGGUCAGUUGGACAUGGCUGCGGGCCAAGGCCAGGGUGGGGGCGGGGGCGGGGAGGCAGCGUUCUGGGAGAUGAGGAAGACAGCAGUGGCGGAAUGCAGGGAGACGGCUGGGAACUGCGCUGCUGAGAACCAUAGACAGAAAACGCAGAAGUUGGGCCGCAUUAGGAGCCUUCCUGCGUCACCUGCCAAUAAGGACAUCCUGGGCGUGUUACCACGGGCUGGGGAGAGGACGUGGAGGAGAGUGCAGUGGUGGGUGGGAAGGAGAGAGUGAAGCGGUGGUCCUCAGUGUUACAGUCUUACAACAACCUCCCGCCGGGGAUGUACUCCAGAGUGUUCCCCGGCAGCUUCCCUCACCUGUACAGUAGCUACCACCCCGCGGCAGACCCCAAUAUGCUUCCCCGCGCCGAGGCACUGCA